AUGACCGUCACUCGUUCCCAAACGGGGAAGACCCCCAAGAAAAUGGAGCGUCCAGGCUUCAUCGAGACCCCCGGUCGCCGAGUCACCCGCAGCAGCGUCGCACCAUCUGACGACACUUCCGAUUCAGCAGCAGAUGCUCAGGGACAAGCCAAGUUGGCAUCUCGAAAGCGUUCUUCCGCCAAGGUCAAGAUCGAGGACCUCUCGGAUGAGGAGACAAAGCCAGUCGCGACUAAUGGACACGCCGCCACUUCGAAUGGCAAGAAGCCACGCAUCAUAGACGGCUGGGAAGAGGGCAAGGACCCCAAGGUCGACCACAGCGGACAUUUCGAGUUUGGAGGGUCUUUGGGCGUGUUGUGCAUGAUGAUUGGAUUUCCGAUGUUGAUGGAAUACAUGUGGCUCGGUGCCACCUAUUACGAUGGUAAACCGCCCCUUCCUGAGCAAGGACAGAGCUUCUCUGAAUUCCUCGCGCAUCUGGUCAACCUGCUGUACGAGGGUGCUUUCCCGUCCUUGAAGGCAUGGACGAUAUAUUGGGUUUUCUUCAUCUUCGAGGGAGCUUGCUACGUGCUUCUCCCAGGUAUCACCGUCAUGGGACGACCUCUGCCACACCUUGAUGGAAAGCAGCUCCCCUACUACUGCUCGGCCGUCUGGUCUUUUUACACGACGAUCGCCAUGGCUCUGGGACUUCACUUCACUGGAAUCUUCAAGCUAUACACCAUCAUCGACGAGUUUGGACCUCUCAUGAACGUGGCCAUUCUUUCCGGCUUCAUUGUCUCUUUCGUCGCAUACUUCUCAGCAUUGGCCCGAGGCGCACAGCACCGUAUGACCGGCUAUCCUAUUUACGACUUCUUCAUGGGCGCCGAACUCAACCCUAGAAUGUUUGGUAUUUUGGACUUCAAGAUGUUCUUCGAGGUUCGCCUACCAUGGUACAUUCUUCUAUUUGUCACUAUGGGUGCAGCUGCAAGACAAUAUGAAAUCUACGGCUAUGUAUCUGGAGAGGUGGGGUUCCUUCUUAUGGCCCAUUACCUCUACGCCAACGCCUGCUCCAAGGGCGAGGAGUGCAUUGUCUCUACAUGGGAUAUGUACUAUGAGAAAUGGGGUUUCAUGCUGAUCUUCUGGAACCUUGCCGGUGUGCCUUUGAGCUACUGCCACUGCACUAUCUACCUUGCCAAUCACGAUCCCGCGACCUAUCGCUGGAAUCGGCCUUUCCUGGUGUUCCUUUAUGUCGCGUACCUCUUCGUGUAUUGGGUUUGGGACACGACCAACAGCCAGAAGAACCGCUAUCGCCAGCAAGAGCGUGGUACUCUGGUGUUUCGCAAAACCUUCCCUCAGCUCCCUUGGCAGACAUUGAAGAACCCCAAGACCAUCACAGCUGAGGAUGGUUCGAAGAUCCUUGUGGACGGUUGGUACGGAAAAGCGCGCAAGAUCCACUACACAUGCGACCUUUACUUUGCAUUGAACUGGGGCUUGAUCACUGGCUUCAACAGCCCCUUUCCAUGGUUCUACCCUCUCUUCUUUGCAUGCAUGAUCAGUCACCGCGCACUACGUGAUAUCCAACGUUGUCGGAACAAGUAUGGCGAGGCGUGGAGGGAAUAUGAGAGACAGGUUCCCUACCUGUUCAUUCCUGUGAAUGGCAAUGGAACCAUGCGUAUGCAAAUUGAAUUCUCGAUAUCUGGGUUACUGAUGCUAACAUAUAUCCUGUCAGGCAUCUAUGUCUACCACCCCACCAUUCCCGGCUACCCCAAAGCGCGAUUCCCGGGUGUGGUAGUAUUCAGUGAGAUCUACCAAGUCACCGGGCCAGUCGCGCGCUUCGCCCGCCAGAUCGCCGGCCAGGGCUACAUUUGCGCCGCCCCUUCCAGCUACCACGAAUUCACCGGCCCGGAAGCCCUUGAGUACAACGCAGAGGAUACUGAUAAGGGGAAUGAGUGGAAGAUCAGCAAGAAAAUCGCGGCCUACGAUGAGGACGCCUCCCUCUGCGUGGACUACCUCCUGUCCCUGAAUACUUGCAAUGGACGCGUGGGCGCCACGGGCAUGUGUCUAGGCGGACACCUGGCGUAUCGGUGUGCGUUGGAUAGCCGGGUGAAGGCGGCGGUGUGCUACUUUGCGACGGAUAUCCAUAGCCAUACGCUUGGGAAGGGAAAGAAUGAUGACAGUUUGGCGCGGGCGGGAGAUAUUAAAGGGGAGUUGGCCAUGAUUUUCGGCAAGAAUGAUAAUCAUGUUCCUCCGGAGGGACGGGAUUUGAUUCGCAAGACGCUUCAUGAGAAGGGCGUGUUGUUUAGCUUUUAUGAGGUGGCCUGGGCGCAGCAUGCCUUCAUCCGUGACGAGCUCAGUAAGGGACGGUAUGACCCUGCUAUUACUAAGGUGUGCUUUGAGAUGUUGCUCGAGCUGUUUGGACGCACUCUCAAGCUGGACCUGGGAGAGCAUGACGGAAAGGAAUUGGAGAUUGAGGAUGUUUGUUAG